AUGAAGGGAGGAAUUGUUCUCGUCUUCUUCAUUGCAAUAGCUUUGGCAAAGAAGUUCAGAUGGUGUAAUAUAUCAGACAUGGAACAGAGGAAGUGUGCUGAACUCUCCAAUGCUCUCCAGGCAGUGCUGACUCCCAGAGCAAGGAACUCCCUCACCAAGCUGUCCUGCAUCAAAGCACGUAAUGUCGAGGACUGCAUCAAAAAGAUACGGGGAAAUGUGGCAGAUGCAAUGUCUUUGGAUGCCACUGACGCCUACACUGCAGCGACAUUUUAUGACCUCACUAUUGUGGCAAAGGGAAUGUAUCCAGACGGAGGGUGUCUGUAUUCCGUGGCAGUCACGCAGGACCAGAGCCUCAACAUUUGGCAGCUGAGGGGGAAGAGAAGCUGUCAUGAUGGUGCUCGGCGCACAGCAGGCUGGAAUAUCCCACUGGGCUUCCUGCUGUCCCAUCGCUACCUCCAGUGGAGAGAGAAUCAGUCUGUGGCCGAAGCCGCUAGCAGCUUCUUCAGUGCCUCCUGUGCUCCUGGAGCCGGUGCCUUGUUCCCGAAUCUUUGUGCACUCUGCCGGGGCCAAAAGUCCUACAACAUGGCCAGAAACUACUUCUGUGAAGCCACCGACAAUGAGCCAUACUACGGUUCUGAAGGGGCUCUCAGGUGUUUGGAACAGGGGACCAGUGACGUGGCUUUUCUGGACAAUUCGGCCUUUGCCAGCAUGAGCGUAUCUGAAGCAGCCAAGUAUAGACUGCUGUGCACCGACGGAACACAGGCCAACGUUACGGACUGGAGAACAUGCCACCUGGGUCGCGGUCCUGGGAAUGCAGUCGUGACUAGAUACAACGCCCGGAAGAGCACUCGGAAAUUCCUCGCCCUGGCCCAGUAUUUCUUCGGCCUGAAAGGAAAGCACCGACAAGUUUUCCAGUUGUUCAGCUCAGCUGGUUUCAACAGGAAGAACCUCAUGUUUCGGGAUGCCACAGUGAAGCUGAUGCUCCUUGCCGACAACACAGACAUCAGCCAGGUGUUGGGAUUAGACUACAUCACUCUCUUGAAGGGUUUGGGCCAUCAAGGGAGCUCUCUGGAGAACAGCAUUGUACGGUGGUGCUGUAUAAGCACAGCGGAGCAAAGCAAGUGCGAGAACUGGGCUCUGAAUGCAAAAUCCACACUCCUGGUGUGCAUCAGAGCAACAUCAGCGAGCCACUGCAUAGAAAUGAUAAAGAGGGAUGAGGUGGACGCAGCUUCUUUUGAUGCUACUCAUGCUUACAUCGCUGGGAAAUGUGGUCUGGUUCCUGUGGUAACAGAGAACUACGGUCCACCUCCUGUCUACGCAGUCUCAGUGGUGAAGAAGGUGUCCAGGGGUGAGAACUUAUUUAACCUGGCGGGGAGGCGAAGCUGUCACAGCCACGUGUACAGCCCUGCUGGAUGGCUGCUGUUGGCAAAGUUCACUGUUCGCUCUCACAACGACACGGAUACCUGCGACAUCAAUGAAGCCUACACAAAUUACUUCCGUAAGGCCUGCAUGCCUGGCUCCAGAACUAUGGGCAAACUUUGUAAAGUCUGCGUUGGCAGGGAGCAAGCUGGUUCAAAGAUUUCCGGUCUGCGGUGUGCUGCCAACCAUGAUGAACUCUACUAUGGAAACCUGGGGGCACUGCGGUGUUUAGUUGGGAAUUCCAAUCAGAAAAACUUUGGAGAUGUCGCCUUUCUGGAGCAUCACAACUUAAUGGAAAACAUUGAGGCUCUGGGCAGGAGUGGCUGGGCCACAGGUUGGACUUCCGAUGACUUCGAGCUGCUCUGUCCGGGUGGAAGCCGUGCCCCACUCACAGAGUGGGAUUUGUGUAACCUGGGAGCUGUCCCUCCAAACAUUGUCAUGACCAGGUCUGUCAUCGCCACCAAAAAGAGGGGAUAAUGAAUAGGUUAGAAAGUCAAAAAUAGAGUCAUGGAGAUCCAAGAACGUUUUGGGCCCAGCUCCCUCUCUGAAUUCCAGCUUUUCCAGUCCAAAAAAUAUAAAGAGAGUGACCUGCUCUUCAAGGAUGCAACCCGGUCUUUGAGCCAAGCGGCUCACCUGAGCUACGCUGACAUCCUGGGCGAUGCUUUUGUCAGCCUGGCCGAGUCUGUCUUCAGCUGCACGCACUCAGAAAUCCUGGAAUUCUGCCACCGGGAUGUUUGCAGCCACUGGUGA